GAUAAUCAGGACAAGGAGGAAGAAGAUGAUAAAUUGCGACUAAUUGCUGAGGUACUAGAAUUGCAGCACACUCUAGAUGAUUUAUCACAGCGUGUUGACAAUGUUAAAGAAGAGAAUGCAAAGUUAAAAUCUGAAAAUCAAGUCUUAGGACAAUAUAUAGAUAAUCUAAUGGCAGCCUCGAAUGUUUUUCGAAAAUCUGGUACA